AUGCAUCUCACCACUGCCUUUACCAUCCUCACCAGCACAGCGGCUUCUGUAUCCGCCGCAGCCCUGACCCCCAAGGGCACGGCGGCCGAGGCGACAGACGGCAAGUUCAACCUCCGUGCACUUCGACCCGGUGGACCGAUUGAUAUGAAAUUCAUCAACGCGAGCAAGGACAAGCUGUGGCUAUCGCUGCCCGAGGACAAGCAUGACGAGCAGUGUAAUGGGGGCGAAUUGACCGCCGGGGCGGCCGUUCUAUUUGUCCAGGACCAGCAGCUAUUCCUCUACGGCGGCGAAACCGACUCCCAUCAGCAGGUUGCCAUCGACCUCUCCCCAGAAGGUCAUGGCAGGCUACUCUACUUCAACGAGCUCAACGGCAAACCUAAUCCACGUGCCGAAAUCUAUGGCUGGUCCACCCCAUCAGACGGCCAGUUGUUGGCAUCUCAGUACGGGAACUUCCUGGCCUGCGCGGAAGACGAUGGCACGUACUCUGUAUACGUGACCCGUGAAACACCAGGCGCCGAUUUGAAGUGUUUUCAGUUUGAUGCCACGGCCGUCUCUCAGUCCAACGCGGUGCCCUGCACGUACAGUAGUGAGGUAUAG